GUCAAAGCUGACAGCAGCAGCAGCCAUCGUCCCGCAGCUCAAGCCGACAAUGGCUAACGUUGUCGAGGUGGCACUUUCUUCCAGCUACAGUGUUUGAAAACUACAGAAACCCCUUUAACCGAGACAGGCUCCGACUCAGGAAACCUGCUGAAGGUAUUUGCUGGGCGACGGCGCAAGAAUGAAGCUUUACUCGUGGUGAAUACCUGCGGUACGAAUCAGCUGUUAUUAACCCGAACCGGCUCGGGGCUAAGUGACCGUCUCCCAGCCCAGAAGAGAGUUACUCGUCAAAGGCAACGCUCAAGCUGAAACAUGCUUCAUUUCGGCUAAGCUUUAUGCCCGACUAACUUUACCUCGUGUAUAGUUGAAGCUAGGCUAGCCCCUUAGCCUCUCUCUGUUUUUGUUGUUGUUUGUUUUUCACCGCCCGUAAACAUGUCAUCGUGGCUGGGAGGAAUCGGCUCCGGCCUCGGACAGUCCCUGGGUCAGGUCGGGGGCAGCCUGUCGUCCUUCACGGGACAGAUCUCAAACUUCACCAAAGAUAUGUUACUGGAAGGAGUGGAGGAAGUUGGAGAUCCUGCUACACAACUCCAGAUGUCCAACUCUAAGCUGGAGGAAGUGGAGGCUUCAUUUGCCACCCAAAAAUCUGAGUACGAGAGAUUAAAAAAGAUCCAUGCUGAACUAGAGGAGAAGCUGGAGGCAGCAGAGAUUCAGAUAAAGCGACAGUCAGCAGAUUACAGAAUUCUCCUGCAGCAGAAGGAUGUGGAAAUCAGCCACCUAAAAGCAAGACAAAGUGGCUUCCAGGAAGAGAUACAGAAGCUGCAGCGCUCAGCGCAGGCGUCCUCUGUCGGCCCCGCUCUGUUACCAGUCACUACCUCAGCCUCAACCACUGCCUCUUCUUCCGCCUCCACUUUCCUGACACAUUCUUCGGGGUCGCACCAGGGCUUCCACGGCGAUGAGGUGGAUCUCAGUGAUGUCAUCUGGUCGCAGCAGGAGAUCAACCGGCUGUCGUCAGAAGUCCAUCGUUUGGAGGUCGAGGUGGCGCACUGGAGGAGGAUGUCAGAGGCCUCAGCGUCAGCAGGGAACGGAAAUGGUGAUCAGGGUGAGAUUAUGAAACUGCACAGAACAAUCAAGGAUCUUCGAGAGCAGAUGGGUCGUGAGGUGGACGAGCACCAGCACGAACUGGCUGCUCUGCAGGACGCCCAACGACAGAAGCUGGCCGACGUCACCCGGCGUCACAGAGAGGAGCUGGCAGAGUAUGAGGAACGGAUAGAGGAGCUUGAAGAACAGAGCCAGGGGGGUGAAAAAGAAAGUUCUCAAGACAACACCAAGAUACUUGAGCUCCAGAGAGCUGUGGAUUCGCUGCAGAAAGCAGCAGAGCAGAAGGAGAAGGAGGUUUGUGAGCUGCAAGCCAGCCUGGAGGAGGCACUGAGAAAACAGACCUCACUGCAGCUGGAGAAGGAAGAGGCUCAGGUGGAAAACAUCGGGCUUCUGGAGAAUUACACUCGCCUUCAAACGUCAGUGGCUGAGCUCCAGACUCGGGUGCAAGAGCAGGAAGGCAAGGCAAUGCAGAAGGCUCAGCUGGAACAGGAGAUCCAAGCGUUAAAGAAAAAUCUUGCAGCUGCUGAGGAACAAAUUGAGCGUUUGAAGAAUCCUGCAGAGGGAGAGCAGGGCGAGGAAGUCGAACAUGCUGACAUUUUAGAGCUGAACACCAUCAUCGGGUCCUUAAGACAAGAGAAUGAGGCUUUGGAACAAGAAAAGGUGGCGCUACAGGAGAAACUCAAAGCAGCAGAGGAGCCAAUGGGAAAUAGUGGAGAGGAGAAUCUGGAGAUGCUGAACUCACUGGAGACAGAGCUGAAAAAGAAAGCAGAAGCGUUGAGAUCUUCUGAGGAGGAAUGUCAAACCCUCAUGGCAGACCUGGAGAAACUAGACAUUCAGAAUCAAGAAGCCACCCAGCACAUGAUCUCAGUUCGGGAGCAACUUUCUGCUCAGCUUAAAGAGUCUGAAGCGGAGCUAUUGAGAGUGACAGCAGAACACAAUGCAACCAAAGAGGAGAAGAAGACCUUGGAGCACGAGCUGGAGAGCCAAAACGAGAAGUUAAGCCAGAGUGCAUUCACCCUAAAUGACCUGCAUAUGGCCAAACAGCAGUUAGAACGUAGAGUGCAAGAGCUGAAGGACGACCUCAGAGAGUCGCGGUCAAAAGCGAAGGAGGCGCAAAAGGAAGUUGUAACGCUGAAGAAGACCUUACAGGAACAGGAGGUUGAUCUUUUGGCCACCAAGGAAGAGCUGAGUCAAAGUGGUGAGAGAAGUCAUGAAGUGCAAAGUGUUGUUGAUCAGCUCGCAAGCAAAGAGGCGGAGCUGACGGACCUCAUGAGAGAAUUAAAUGAAUCACGUGGUGCUAAAGAGAAACUUAUUUCAGAGGAGUACGAGUUAAAGAUGGAGAACCGGAAGUUGAAGGAGGGGCUUCAGGAAGCUCUGGAAAAAGUGGAGCAGCUAAGCAAGCAGAUGAAGGAAAGUCAAGCAGUACUGAAUAGAACAGUGAAGGAGAAGGAAACCCGCAUCGAAGCUCUGAAGCUGGAGAUCAGUCAACUUGAUGGUGAGCUGAGACAGGCUGAGAAUACCCAGUCAGAACAGGCAAAGCAGUAUCAGCGCACGAUAGAUGAGUUGACCCGUGCACGAUCGAUGGAUGCUUCGGCAUUACAAACGGACCACGAGCGGGCCAUCAAACUCAACCAGGAGAAGGACGCGACGAUCGCUCAGCUGAGAAGAGAGAUGGACCAACUGACAUCUGACCACAAGGACACCAAUGAAAUGCUCUCCAUGACUGUUGCAGGACAAAAACAACUGUCUGAUUUGCUUCAGGAGAAUGAAACGCUAAUUGAGACGUUCAAGCGGAACGCAGCAGAUAUGCAGGUGGAGAUGGACAACAGUGUUUCGGUCCUGACAAAGGAAGCUGAAACUCUGAGGCUGGCACUGGAUGAGAAGGAGAAACAACUGAGCGGAAUGAAGGAGGAGAACAGUCAUUUGAAAGAAGAAAUCGACCGGAUCAAGGAUCAGCAGAGCAGACCUCAGGCUCUUGCUGAGCCUCGGACUUUGGACCUCAUCACAGAGCUGGAGACGGAGAUCACCCAGCUGAAGUCCUCCAGCAGUCAUCUUGAAGAGGAGGUCCAAUCCCUGAGAAGAACCACGGAGGAGCAGAAGGCUUCGUUGCUUCUGGCGCAGCAGUCUUAUCAAGUUCAGCAGAGCGAAUUGGAGCAGGCUCAGGCUCGGUAUCAGCAGACCACGCUCAACUACGACAGACUGAUCCUUGCUCGGGACGAAGAGAUCGCUCGGCUACAGCAAAGCAUCCGUGCCGAUUCCCCUACAGUGGAGGGUGACGUGAUUCUUCAGGAAGAGAAGACACAGUCCAUGAACCAGGAGAAUGGCAACGAGAAGCAUGACCUGUCAAAGGCGGAGAUUGAGAAGCUAGUGAAGGGCAUGAAGGAGAAGGAAACUGAAAUUAGUCAACUGAAUGAGAAGAACUUGUCGCUCACAGAGCAGCUGGAUCAGAUGGUGGUGACGCGGGAUGAGGUGGGCAAGCUUUCCCAGAUGAUCAUGCAGAAGGAUCUGGAGAUACAGGCACUUCAUGCCAGAGUCUCUUUGGGAGGAGGCAACAGUCAGGAUGUGCUUUUCCUCCAGCAGCAGUUGCAGGCGUACGCCGUGGAGCGAGAGCAAGUGCUGGCUGUGCUCAACGAGAAAGCCCGCGAGAACAGCCAACUUAGGUCCGACUAUCAACGGCUCAUCGACAUCAUGGCAGGGAAGGAAGCCGCUUUGGUGAAGCUGCAGCAGGAGAACCAGCGACUCUCAAACAUGAGCGACCCGUCAGGAAGUCAGGAGAUGUUCAAGGAGACCAUUCAGAACCUCUCCAGAAUCAUUAGAGAGAAAGAUAUCGAGAUUGACGCGCUGACCCAGAAAUGCCAAACUCUGGUGACGGUCCUGCAGGCAUCCGGCGGGGACUCCGGAUCCGGGUCCGGCGGCGUCAGCAGCAACCAGUUUGAGGAGCUGCUGCAAGAAAGGGACACGCUGAAGCAGCAGGUGAAGAAGAUGGAGGAGUGGAAGCAGCAGGUGAUCACCACCGUCAAGAACAUGCAGCACGAGUCGGCACAGCUGCAGGAAGAGCUGCUGAAGCUGCAGGGUCAGGUCUGUGCCGACAGCGACUGCAGCUCCAAGCUCAGUGUCGACUACUCCAAGCUGAUUCAGAGCUACGAGCAGAAGGAGAGGAGGUUGGGAAGCCUAAGUCAGGAGCUUGCUCAGGUGCAGCAAACCAUCACCCAGCUGAGCAGCACGAAGGAGGUCCUGCUGGGUAAACUGGAUCAUGCUCAGACUUCAGAGGCUGUAACUGCUCACACAGCUGAGACUCUUUUUGCUGCUGAAGCUCAGAGCACCGUGCAAGCCUUGCCUGUUGAGGCCCUCAAACUGCAGGAAGAGCUUGUGUCUGUAAGAACACAGCUAACUGAGAAGGAGAGUGUGAUUCGGACUCUCCAAGAGAACAACCACCGGCUCUCCAACUCGGCUUCUGCAUCUGAGAGCGAGCAGAGAACUCAAGCCGCUGAGGCCCAGCAGGUCAGGGACCGACUGGAGGCGCUGCAGCGCUCCGUCAGGGAGAAGGACCUGCUCAUCAAAACCAAAGGAGACCAACUCACCCAGAUCAGUGAGACGCUGAGGAACCGCGAGAAUGACAACGAGGUGCUCAAGCAAGCCGUGACCAACCUGAAAGAGAGGGCUCUUAUUCUGGAGGUGGAUGCUAAGAAGCUGAAGGAGGAGAACGAGCUGGUAGUGGUCCGGUCCAGGGAGAAGGAGUCCGAGUUCAGAGCCCUGCAGGAGACCAACAUGCAGGUGUCGCUCCUGCUCCGGGAGAAGGAGUUUGCGUUGAGCGCCAUGAGUGACAAAGCAGCGACGGUGGAGAUGAUGCUGAAAAGCAAAGAGCAGGGCAAGUCCAGUGAGCUCAACCAGCUCCUGAAUGAAAUCAAGUCCAUGCAGGAAAAAGCAGUGGCGUUCCAGCAGGAGAGGGAUCAAGUGAUGAUGGCGCUAAAGCAGAAACAGAUGGAGACGACCGCACUGCAAACGGAGCUCCAGCACACGAAAGACAAAGAGCAGCGGCUCAAGUUGGAGCUGGAGAGGCUCCGGAAUCACUUGCUGGAAGUGGAGGAUGUUUACACACGGGAAGCUCUCGCUGCAGAGGACCGGGAGACCGAUCUGCGCAAGAAGGUGUCACUAUUAGGCGAGCGGCUAGCUACAUCCUCGAGUGCUGUGGAGAGUGCCAGCCAGCAGGCCAACAUGCAAGUGGAGUCCCUGCAGGAGCAGCUGAGCGGCGCCGUCAAACAACGGGAUGAAGCUCUCACCCAACUCCGGGUUUCCCAGGAGCAGGUCAACCAAUAUGCAGUUUCACUUUCCAACCUGCAGAUGGUGCUAGAGCAAUUUCAGCAAGAGGAAAAAGCCAUGUACACGGCAGAACUGGAGAAGCUUAAGAAGGAGGUGCAGGACUGGAGAAGGAAAGCUCAGAAGCUGGGGGACCAAGUGUCUGCACUGCAGUUAAACCUGGAUGAAGCCAAUGCUGCGCUUGACUCGGCCUCCAGACUUACUGAUCAGCUUGAUCUGAAGGAGGAGCAGCUGGAAGAACUCAAAAAACAAGUUGAUGUGAGACAAGAGAUGUUGGAAGAAGCACAAAGGAAACUGAUGAACCUUCUAAACAGCACAGAGGGGAAGAUUGACAAAGUCUUGAUGCGGAAUCUCUUCCUGGGAUACUUCCACACACCCAAGACUAAGCGAUCUGAUGUGCUGAGGCUCAUGGGAAGUGUUCUGGGACUUAGCAGAGAGGACGUUGACAAGAUGUUGGAGGAGGACCGAAUGCAUGGUGUUACGGGUUGGGUAUCAAGCUGGUUGGGAGGCAGAGGAUCUCAGAGCAACUCACCCGACAGGCCGACAAGCAUCCAAUCCAUCAACUCGUCGUUCUCAGAGAUGUUCGUGAAGUUCCUGGAGGUGGAGUCGUCUCCAGCGAUGCCUGCUCCAAAGCUUCCAGUCCUGGACAUUAAACCCCUGAGUGCAGCUUCACACAGGCGGACGGGCAGCGGAGGUAAACCACCGGAGGAGCAAGAGCCAAGUGGAUCAGAGCUUUAUGGUUUCCUUUCCUCUUUCAUCACAGGAGAGAAGAGGACCGGAGAACCCAACCCCUUCAUGGUGACCCGCUCCACCACUGUGCCGCUCCUUGUCAACCCAGGCUCCGGCACCUCUGGAGGUCACUUGCUGAUGAAGCCAAUCUCGGACUCUCUCCCCACCUUCACUCCAGUGCCAGUCUCCGCUGAAGCCAGUGGUGGUGCAGUGCUCAAAGACUUGUUGAAACAGUGAGGGGGAAACGUGCUGUGUCUCCUCUGACUUCUGCAGAGGGGAGUUUGACUUUGCAUUAUUUAUCUAUGCACAUAUAAGGCUUUAUAGUGAACCUACUUUGUGGGUGUUUUUACAUCCACCAUCUUUCAAGUGACCUCUCACCUCUUUGAGUCAAACAUUUCUACUUUCAGCAAAUGUUUGUCUCCCCUUCAGACUCUUCAUUCAUCGGCGUCUGUCUGGUCAAACAUCUGUUUAAAACAUUGCUUCCCCAGACAGACGGUGACACGCAGUAACAUGUAAUUAUGAACUGCUGACUGAUCAGUCUCUUCCUCAGAAGCCCUCUUCUUCCCUGUACAGUUUACUGUCAUUUUUUUUUUCACUUUCGCCUAAGUGUGAGUGUGCGAUUGGUUUAGAGUUUGGUAAAAAGUAUUCACUUCUAUUGGGAUUCAGAAGUAGUGUUUUGGGAAGAAUUCAGUGUAAACCUUUUGGUCAGGGGAUGUUUCCUAUUCCAAAGAGCCAGUUCAGAAUCACUCGCACUUUUCUGUCCUUUUUUGAGCUCUCUACAUUCGGGCUUUGCAUUUUAUAUUUUUUUAUUCAGGUCAAAUCAAUCAUUCCCCCCUCCAACCCUCCCUCAAACAAGAUUUUAUUACUUCCAUAUUUUAAUAAUGAGUCUCAAGCCUCUCAUACAUUCAAUUAAACUCCACUUUUCCCCUCUAAAUUCCAAACACGCUUCUCAUUCUUUAAGUUACAGCGCCUACACGGAGCCACGUCCACUGCCAUGCCGGGGUUCUCUGGUUAAGUGCCUAUUUUGGGGUUAAUUCGUUGUAAAAUUUUGAUUGUACAUGUUCAUAUAGUUAAAUAUAUAUUUAAAAGAAAAAUGUAAUUUUCUCAUGACCGGAGCUGACCAGCAGGGUCUGAGUACUUGUGUAAAUACUAGUUAUGUACUUCCUUCCCCACUGAUGGAAUGUUAAUGGGUUGAAUCGAAUAAACUGUAAAAUAUUUUGACAAUUCUCGGUUGUUGAACUUGGGAGUUCCAUCCCUGAGGUUAG